AUGUCGGGGUCGACGUCCACGUCGAUCGACGCUGGCAUUGUUGUCGCUGCUACACCACAUUCUCAAGAUACAGGCGUUGCGGCUGCGCCUGUCGAUACCAACGCCAAAAAUAACUCGAGCGCUCAGCCUGGCGCUACCUUUUUGCAUUCGCCUCCCAAUAGCAACAACACGGCGAAGUCUGAUGGUUCCGAUUCUGAGUUGAGCGAUCUUGAAGAUGAACCCAUCCUGAGCGAUCCACCGCAGCCUGUUUCUUCUAGCGACAAUGUCAGCAGCGGAGAUAAGAAGGAAAAUGCUGAAGAAGACAUUGACAUUGGGGAGGUCCUGCCAGAUUCCUGGUCCGGUGCUGUUCCUAUCUUCAAGCCCACCAUGCACCAGUUCAAGGAUUUCAAGCGCUUCAUGGAAGCCGUCGAUAGCUAUGGAAUGAAAUCCGGCAUCAUCAAAGUUAUCCCCCCGCAAGAAUGGAAAGACGCCCUUCCCAAACUCGACGACCUUGUGAAGCAGGUCAAAGUUCGAGAGCCGAUCAAGCAAGAUAUUAUGGGAUCCAAUGGAACCUACCGCCAAGUCAACAUCCUUCACGGACGAUCCUACAACCUGCCCCAGUGGCGCCAGUUAUGCAAUCAGAGCGAACACCAACCACCGGCUAGACGUGGUGAGCGACGCGCCAAUGCCGAGAAGCCCAAACCACGAACUCGAGCUGCGACCGCGACUGUGGCUAAACCUCCCGAUCCUUCGACUCCUAAGAAGAGAGGUAGGGGGCGGCCUGCCAAGCGAGGAGGCAGAGGGAAGCGACACAAGCAAGAACAGGCGGAUGAUAAUGAAGACCGGCCUAUGACUCCGGUCUCACCCAAGCCAGAGAUUGCCGAGACUGAGGACAAACCUGUCGAGUCAGUAGAGAAGGACCCUGGUGAAGAGGUUGAGGAGGAUUGUGAACCUACCGUUGGUCGCAUGGGUGGCCUCCGACAGGCAAGAACCAAGACACAAACAGUCUCGGCCCGUCGCAAAUACAGUCGCCGAGAGGGAUCCGCUAUGAUCGACGAAGCUGCCUUUAAAGACUGGGAUUACAAGAUGGACAUAUCCGAGUAUACCCCCGAGCGCUGUGAGGAACUUGAGAGGGCUUACUGGAAGACCCUUACCUACGCACCUCCCCUCUACGGCGCUGAUCUGAUGGGUACGCUUUUUGAUGAAUCGACCGAACAGUGGAAUUUGAACAAGCUGCCUAAUCUUUUGGAUGUCUUGGGUGAAAAAGUGCCAGGAGUCAACACAGCCUAUCUCUACCUAGGCAUGUGGAAAGCAACUUUUGCUUGGCAUCUUGAAGAUGUUGAUCUUUACAGUAUUAACUACCUUCACUUCGGUGCUCCCAAGCAGUGGUAUAGUAUCUCCCAAGCCGAUGCCCGGCGGUUCGAGGCGGCGAUGAAAAACAUAUGGCCUACAGAUGCCAAAGCCUGCGACCAGUUUCUCCGUCAUAAAGGAUUCCUCAUCUCGCCUCAGCAUUUGAAAUCGCAUUAUAACAUUACUGUUAACAAAUGCGUAUCUUAUCCUGGAGAGUUCGUCGUGACCUAUCCAUAUGGAUACCAUUCUGGUUACAAUCUGGGCUACAACUGUGCCGAAGCUGUCAAUUUCGCACUCGAUUCUUGGCUAGACAUCGGCAAAAUCGCCAAAAAGUGCGAGUGUGCCGAAGCGCAAGACAGUGUCUGGAUUAAUGUCUACGACAUCGAGCGUAAAUUACGCGGAGAAGAAACAGAAUAUGAAGAAACCGAGGACGAAGAGGAAGAUGACGAUGAUGAAGAAGGUGGCAUGCCAACACCACCUUCUGGCUCGGGUGUCAAGUUCAGACUGGCUGGUCGUAAGCGAAAGCGUGUACCUGGCGACAAGGGAGGCCAGGUCAAGAAGAUCAGACUUCGUCUCAAAUCGAAAGUCGAACCACCCUGCUGCCUCUGCCCUAACGAUACUCCAUCGGCCGAUCUGUUGCCCACAGAUGAUGGUCGAAAAGCUCAUCGACUUUGCGCGCACUAUCUGCCAGAGACGUAUACGGAAACAAUUGAUGGACAAGAGACAGUCGUCAACGUGUCGAAAAUCCACAAGGAUCGGUUCGAACUCAAGUGUCUCUAUUGCCGCUCCAAACAGGGUGCUUGCUUCCAGUGUUCCCAAAAGAGAUGCGCCCGGGCUUAUCAUGCAACAUGCGCGGCUGCAGCUGGUGUUUUCGUUGAAGAAGAAGAAAUCCCAGUCUUCGGCGAAGAUGGCACAGAAUACAAGGAGCAAGCCUUUGAGUUCAGCUGUCGAUACCAUCGGACGAAGCGAGAUAAGAAGCUUGAUGGAGAUGCAUUGGAGACUGACUCACGAGUUCGGACGGCAGCUUCAAACCUUCAGCCUGGCGAGACCUGCCAGUUGCAACACUUCAAAGGAGAUAUCUUUGCCGGUGUUGUGGUUGAAAACCGGCAUGAUGAGCAAACGUUGCUUAUUGACAUCUUGCCAAAUGGGUAUGCUAGAAUCCAUGAGAAACUCGAUCUCGUCAAAUCUAAACUAAUUGCUUGCAGUGACCGCCUCGAAGUCGAAUGGAAAUGGCUACUGGUACCCGAUCCAGCCGACUAUCGUCUGCCAAAGGCAUCAUCAAAGGCCAUUCCGAUGCCCGCGUCCCAGAAGGCCAAGGAGAAGCUCAAAACAAAACGACUUCAUGACGGCAAGCCCCAGAAGGACGAUCCGUUCGUUGAAGGCUGUACUUGGGCCGAAUUCAACAGCCACCCUGUCACAAACAAAGAACAAGUCAAAAUCGAUUUCUGCAAACCCGACCAAAUUUGGUAUUACUUGCCCAAGAACUCGACAGAAGCCCGCGCCCAGUUCACCGAGGAUCCUCGCAACCCACGUCAUAAUCCCAGGGGUAAUUUCCUAUCGACGGUUCCCAAACCCGUCAAACCCCCAAGGCCGGUUCCAGUAUAUCCUCCCCGACAAGCCUACCAGCCCGCUGUCCCUUAUCCUGCAGCGCGACUUGAUAAGCCAUAUGUGUACAAGCCACGAACACCUGCUUCUCACAACUACCCUGUGAUGGGCAACUUCACCACUCAGAGGUUUACACCAACUGCCCCUUCACCAGCCCAGCAACAGCCCGGAAGCUAUCGUUAUCCGUAUGCACAACCUCUAUCUAUAGGACAACAAGCCGCUCCUGCCUACUCUGCGCAAAGGUUUGAGGUUAGGCAAUCGCCCGCCUAUACACCUCCUGCGAACACACCCAGGAUACAGAGUCCUGCGAAUACACUACCACACAGGUAUCAGCAGGACCAAUGGCACGGAAGACAUACCGCUGCCCUUCCGGCACCCACCCCUAGUCAUCCUGGAGUAGCCCAUCCCUAUCCGCAACCGUAUCAGGCUCCGGCACCUGUAAACCACCACCAGGCAUCGCAAGCAAGAGUGGCUCCGCAGGCAGAUAUAUCUAUAUUCCAAAAGUAUCCCUUUUUCCAGGUCAACCACAACAGGGACUCGACUAAGUAUCGGACGCCAUAUGCUACUUGGGGAGGCUUCACCAACGGAUACGAGGGCAACUUCAGGGCUCACAUCAUAACCAACAAGGAUGCGUAUCUCAACGGUACAAUUAAGGAUAAUAGAUUCCAGGGCAAUCAGAACUUCGGCGCCUACCAGCCUCCGCAUCACCUGCCUCCGGGGCAUGGCCACCAUGCGUCACCUGGGAGCCAGCCUCGGAUCAGCCAACAACCGGACUUGAAGCAAGUGCCCACACCAUCUCUGGGAACUGGCACCCAUAGCUUCAACCAGUUUCCUCGGCCUGCGAUAAAACAACAGUAUUUGCCCCCUAUGCCUAUGCAAACGCAUGCACCUGUGCCUGCACCUGCACAAGUACAGGCCCAGGCGCAGCCCCAAGCGCAGCCGCAAAAGUCGACCCCGAAGCCCCAACAGAGGCCUCUACAGAAGCCUCCGCAAAAGGCUGAAGAAAAGCCUCAGCAGAAGCCCCCACAGACCGCUCAGCCCCCUAAUCAAAGCAGUAAACCUAAGAUUGGGACUAUUUUUAAAGAAUACAAGAUACCCCCGAAAGAGUCGCCAGUGCCGUUGCCUGCAAACUUUCUGGCUUCUAUGGCGCCCACGUCCAAGACCCCUGCUUCCGUUGCCUCCGGAAAGCCAAUCUUGCAACAAGCCGAGGGCAAAGGCUCACCUUGUACGCCCACGGCUGCAAAACCGAUUCAGGCAUCUCAGCAGACAUCGUCGAAUGGGCAGCCUAUGAACAAUCAAAAACUUGGGGCCAAGGUUUCCAAGACCCCUAUUCCAAUUCCGCGAUUGCCGGGCAUUGCUCAGUUCUCUUCGCAAGGUUCAGCCUCAGCUUCAGCCUCAACCCCAACCCCAACACAACAGCAGGGUGCUUCACCUUCCCAGGAUAGCAAGUCGACAUGUACGGCUUCAAAUUUGGUACACGCGACCGAUACAACUGUGCCGGCGACGAACACCUCUUCUGGACAACAAGAUUUUGCAGACGUUCCUGGAGGUGAAUCGAUGGAAUUCAUGGACCGACUUAUGGCGAGCAUACGUACAAUAGCCAGUCGCGACAACGCAGUCUGA